GUCUAGCGGCCCGGUGUCAGCUUCUUACAGGUGUGAAAUAAUCUGAUUGGACCGUUACCAACCGAUUUGCGCCUUGCAGAAACCAAUGCGCAAAUUGAAUAACGACUCCAAAACUUUUGUAGGUUCAAGCUGGUCCAAGAUACAAGGGACCAACUAUCGCCAAUACCGUCAAGAUGUCUAUGUUCCGGGCUAAGAAGCUUGAUAUUGGCUGCUUCGUCAAUAUCAAGACGAUCCGAGACCACUCCAAGAGGAAGGCCUAUGCACAAUUCGAGCCUGAGAGACAAGCUCUACGAUAUAUCAUCCGAAAUACUACUCUCCCCCCUAGGGCCCGAGCCGAAGCUCAGCUACAGCUUACGCAGAUGCACUGCUACACGCGACCGACACAAAUCCGUGGACGGUGUAUAUUAGGUGGUAAGGGAAGAGGUAUAUUGCGCGACUUCAAGAUGUCAAGAUAUAACUUCAGGAUGCAAGCCAUAGCAGGAAAUAUCCCGGGCGUGAAGAAGGCCAGCUGGUGAAGUCAGACACGAGUGAUGCUAAUAGGAUAUGACCGCUGUUACUUGUUCACGAUUCAUGCUUGCGGCAUGAUAUGUAUAUUGAUACUAUUACGACGCUACAGCCAAACGAGCGCUGUAAGGUCACCAGUUGCCCAUGUAUUAGGUACCUAGGUAAUUAAGAAGCGAAAACUCCCAUGAUCACUUUAGGUACCCUACUCAGCUUUUACCUAAGUGUUCCUCUAUGGAAUUUUGCUUACGUGCUUGGGCAUCUACAUAGGUACUUUCUGUCCGGGACAAGAUUUUGCGGGAAGGGACGUAUAUGGUGUCUUAACGUUUUAAAUGAAGCAAGAGCAUUACAUCUACUUGGUUGUGCUAAUAGCAUGGAACCGGGCCUGCAGCUUCCCUCGUAUGCAAACAUGCAAACGGUAACCUUUAGAGAAUAAAUUCGUUUGACAGCCGUGAUUGUAUCUUAAAAAUACCACAUUAGGUACCACUCUGGUUGGUUUAUACUGAUUUACCUACUCCGGGACUUCUAUAUCUUCUAUAUCUUCUAUAUUAAUCAAAAGCCUCCGAUCCCUUCCAUCAACAAUCAGGUUGUCACGAUGUUCCGACGAAAGUGGUCAGGUCUGCCAGCAGACCCCGACUUUCCCGUUGACCUAUCUAAGCUUGGGUAAGCGAUACUCUGCUUUCCUACCUCAACGAAACAGCAGCUUUACUAACAGGUCAUUUCCCUUAGUUACUUUAUC